AACAAUUAUUUAAAACAUGGUGGGUUACUAUGAUGUUUUAGGCGUGCAGAGACAUGCUUCAGCCGAGGAUAUUAAAAAGGCGUACGGAAAACUGGCACUAAAGUGGCACCCAGAUAAAAACCCUGAGAAUAAAGAAGCAGCAGAGAGAAAAUUCAAACAAGUAGCUGAGGCGUAUGAGGUGUUGUCAGAUCCUAAAAAGCGGGACAUCUAUGACAAAUAUGGCAAAGAAGGAUUAAACGGUGGAGGAGGUGGAAGUCAUCUGGACAAUCCAUUUGAUUAUGGCUUCACAUUCCGUAAGCCCGAGGAUGUCUUCAGGGAAUUUUUUGGUGGAAGGGACCCCUUUAGAUUUGACUUCUUUGAAGACCCAUUUGAGGACUUUAUUGGGAAUCAGAGGGGUCUCCGAGGAAGCAGAAACCGAGGAACAGGGUCGUUUUUCUCUGGCUUUAGUGGAUUUCCACCUUUUGGAAGUGGAUUUUCUUCUUUUAAUACAGGAUUUUCUGUGGGAUUUCCUGCAGGAUUUUCUUCAUUUGGGUCGCUAGAUCACGGAGGUCUGACUUCAUUCUCUUCCACAUCAUUUGGUGGUAGUGGGAUGGGCAACUUCAAGUCUGUAUCGACUUCUACAAAAAUAGUUAAUGGCAGAAAGAUCACUACAAAGAGAAUCGUGGAGAAUGGUCAAGAAAGAGUGGAAGUUGAGGAAGACGGGCAGCUCAAGUCCCUGACAAUAAAUGGUGUGGCAGACGAGAACGCCCUGGCGGAGGAGCGCAUGCGGAGAGGACAGAGCGCCCUGCCGGCGCAGCCCACCAGCACCCGCUCGCUGAAGCCGCCGAAACCGGCCUCCGUGCGAAACGCACCCCGCCACGCUUCUGAGGACAGCGAGCAGGGGCGCCAGCACACCCCCGGGCCCUGGGAGGCCACCGCGUCUGCAGCAGGGGUCAAGGAAGGUAGCAAGAGGAAGAAGCAGAAGCAGAAAGAGGAGACGAAGAAGAAGAAGUCGGCCAAGGGCAACCGCUAGCUGCACUGGCCGGCACGCGCACGCGGCACUCGGCCCCGCGUGGCUGUGCACACCUGUAGGUAGCAGCAUUUACAAGGCCACACUCUUUAAUCAGGAUUCAUAGGAUUUUGGACACAUGUUACACACUGGUCAGGGCGGGACGUCAGGAGAUGGAGUUGAUGAAAUGGGCGGCGGCAAUGGAAGUUUGGGACGUUGGGACGCAGCCUCGACUUCCUAACCAUGUUCUGCUCAGCGCUAACGCCGCCUGUGUUUUCCUCCUGAGCUGUCACCAGCACCCUGCUGUGACCGGUUUAGCUUUAGAAGUACAGUAAGGGCCCGGCAGGUAACAGAGUGAUGCUUGCGCUGACUGCUUUCCUGCUGGCGGUGGUGUUUUGCGCUGGGAAUGUACUUAGGGCGAUGCGGAUGCGUUGAGCCGUCAGGGCGCUUCCAGCCUCCGCAGGGCAAGCUGCCAAGAAUUGCUUCAGAUGUGAAAUCAUUUCUUAUAUUUAUUGUUAUAGUUUUAUCCUCUCCAGGUAACCCAAAUUUAACUUCAAAUAUUGUUCAGUUUUUGCUGAAUUUCAUCCUUUUUUCUUGACUCACAAUUGUUCUUUUUAGCAAAAAAUUCUUCGCUAAGCAAAACCGCGUAGCUUCGGUAGGUGAGGGUAACCCUAGGGAGCCCCAGGCUGCUGCUCACACAACAUGUGAAAGUAAUCCUACCUUGAGCAAGAAGGCUGAACUAAGUAUUUCAGCUCACCAACGUCGCCUCCUUAAAAAAUAAUUACUUUAUUGUGGGUAGAUUCUGUCCCGCUUCCGGGAUUAUCCCAUUUGCAGGACUCGAGGCUUCCUCUUCUGUCCCUGUGAGCGCUGGGUGGGAUCUCACUGCCUUCUCUUCCUCGCAUGCUCCCUUGGUGACUUUUUUCUUCCUUUUUACCUAAGGAUCCGUCGUUCAUGUUGCUUUUCCCUUGUCCUCUUAGAAGUGACUGAAAAUGCCACAGUUUUAAUCUAGACAGUCCAUGUAGUGAUGCCACAGGCUGGAAGCCAGAAACCAGCAUAGUCCAUGGUCCUGAGGUGACGUUUGCAGGAGAGUUUACAGUGCGUGUGUUUGUUUUAGUGGGGAGGGUACAGGUGUUGAGGCAGAGAGUGGACUGUUAUUUGAUGGUUUUUGUGGAAAAUGUAACCCUAAAUGCAUUAUGUACUUUUAAGUGCUACCUACAUAAAUAAAUGAAAUGUUAC